GACUUGAAUAUGAUAUAAAGUUGUAAUAAAGUAAAAUGUGAACUAUUUCUGUUGCUUUAGAGAUAUGUUAAGAUUCUCUAAUGAGAAAAUGAAGACACAAAACCUCCAACAUGUAACCAAAAUUAAUCAGUUUUAGAGGGUGACAAUAACAUUCAAACGGCUAGUCAUGCGCAGUUCUCGAAGAUUACCGUUCUGGACGCCAUUAUCGUUCCUCGAGAUAGAAGACGUGAUUUCCUACAAAAUUUCAACUUUUCCACCGCGAAAUCCUGUUAAGCCUGAGUUUUAGCAAUGAGCCAGGAGCCAGGUGAGAAUGGGUUAGCAGCUCAGCAGCUGGUGGAGGUGGUGUCUCAGUUAGCUCAGGGGAUUGACAGGACAGAGUCUGGCAGUGGAGAGCCAGCAACUAAGAGAGUGAGGACAGAAGACAGUGACUUGGAUGCUGACCUCUCUGUCAAGCAAAUCUUGUUUAACAUCAACAAGGCGAUCUGCCUGCGCCUGGAUGCCAUCGAGAACAAAAUGCUGGGGAUGGAUAAGAGAACAAAAUUACUGGAAGACAAAGUAGACAAGUUGCUGACAACUCCAUCUAAUCCUCUGGCUUCAAGCACCCCUGGUAAAAAUAAAUCUGGUGCAGUCAUAGUGGGAUUACCCCAGGAGAACCGGCCGUCCUCCGAUGAUGAUAACUCUAACUGUGGUCAGGGAGUGGCAGGACUGGGCCCCAAUGUUACCCUGAUCACCCUGAACACAGAGGAAGACUACCCUGACGGCACCUGGCUGGGAGAUGAGAGUAACCCGGAGAUGAGGGUCAGGGUCCCUGUGACCCCCAGCGAUCUGUUACAUGUCCAUUCCAACUGUCGCACUGCGGAGAAGAUGGCACUGACUCUGCUGGACUAUUUGUUUGACCGCGAGACCCAGGCCUCAUCUAACUUGUCUGGUAUGGGGAAACACGGGAAGAAACAGCUGGAUCCACUGAUGAUAUAUGGGAUUAGAUGUCACCUCAUCCACAGAUUUGGUAUCACAGAACAAGACUGGCAUCGCAUUAAACUGAACAUUGACUCCAAGUGUCGCACUGCCUUCAGAAGAAAACAGAAAGGAAUGCCGCUCACUGUCAAGGCCUUCCAUGGCAAGUCCCCCACACAGCUUGGCAUGACCCUACGAGGCAUGUCUGGCAUCAACUCUGACGGGGAAGACUCCAUGCAGGAGUCAGCCCUGACAAUACAUCAGCCGGAGGGUUUAGACGCGGCCCACUCCAUGGCGACCUUACACAGUCAGCUGGGGAUCACACAGCACGGUGAGGUCCAGAUCCUCCACGCCACACCAGAACAGAUCGAGCAGCUUAGGGAGGCCCAUCAUAUACAAGUGUUGAAUGGAGAUCAGGUGUUACAGUUAAAGCAUGGAGAUCUUCAGGGCGUAGAUGUGGCGGUGUCGUUAGCUGGCACGCAGACAGUGCAGAUGGUGACUACAGAGAGUGGCGAGGUGUUACAAAUCACCCAGGCCGCGGACCACGUGGGACAGGACGACACCUCGUUUCAGGACCAGUUACAACAACAGCAGCAGCAGGACCAAGAUGACCUUCAGGAAGACAUCAACCCAGCGGGAAUACGGGUGGAAAUGCAGCAGUCAGGUGAGGACGAGAAUGAGUCGGAACAACAGGAGGAGGUGACGAUAGAGGUUCAUCAGGCCUCUGCGUAAUACAGUGGACGGUGUAUGAACUUCUUCUGGAGAUGUGGCUGAGUGAACAAGACAGCCAGUGAGUUUGGUGGACAAUCUGCGUGUAGAUAUUUCAGUUUGUGUAUAUAUAGGAUGCAGCACACGGCAAGAGGACUUAUUAUUGAUCAACUGAUUAAUGACUUAUGUCAGUGUACAAAGAAAAUCUAGAACUUGAGGUGUUUUAACAUUGUACAGUGCCGAGAAUACACCUCACAAAUCUCUGAAGGAGACUGGUAUAUCUUCAUGUGAAAUAUGGACGUAAUAUUAAGUUUUCUUCACUGCAUUGAAUUCACAAAAGAUAGUGAGUGCCAUGACAUUGCCAUAGCUUUUGAAAGAUAUUUGGGGAAAAUAGCAAAUCCCCUGCGAAAAUUUGUCUCAUUUAACGCAUGCUUAUGGUUCUCAAUCUGUCCUAAAACAUAAUUUUUUUUCUCUUUUAGUGAAAACUGUUCUAAAUCUGUUUUAGGACAUUCCAAAAACAGUUCUCAAACUGUUACAUUAUUACAGAACAACAAAAGAACUGUAAGAAAAUACACCAAAUGCUUUAGAGUAUAGUGAGAACUGUAAGUGAACAUUAAAUGAGAUAAAUUUUGGCAGGGGAUGUUUUGACUGUAUCUCACAAUCCACUCCACUUUACCACAACGGGAUUCAGUUAAUGAGAUGCAUUUAAUUGCAAAUGAGACAUAUUACAGGUCUUGGAGUUAAUGAUAGACAGGUUGUUAGUGAAUGAAUACGUGAACUGUUGUAGACGUGAUGUGUUGGAACAUUGUACAGUUAAACUGUAAGAAUUUAAUAAGCUGGGUUAUUAUGUGUCUGAAAAUUAAUAAUUAUCUUUCCAUACUUUACAGGAACAUAGUUCUCUUUUUAUACCAUGCAUCUGUAUAAAUAGCAUUGUAAAUACACUGAAUGAAG